AUGUCCACCACCGUCACUCUCACCAGCUCCGAUGGCGUUGACCUCACGGUCGACCGUGAUGUCGCCGAACGCUCGGUUCUCAUCAAGAACAUGCUCGAGGAUCUCGGCGAGUCGGGUGAAGCUAUCCCCAUUCCGAAUGUCAACGAAGUUGUGCUGAAGAAGGUCAUCGAGUGGUGCACUCACCACAAGAAUGAUCCUCCCAGCACUGGUGACGACGAUGACUCCCGCCGCAAGACCACCGAUAUCGAUGAGUGGGAUCAGAAGUUUAUGCAGGUCGAUCAAGAGAUGCUGUUUGAGAUCAUUCUGGCUGCCAACUACCUCGAUAUCAAGGCCCUUUUGGAUGUCGGCUGCAAGACUGUUGCCAACAUGAUCAAGGGCAAGUCUCCCGAGGAGAUUCGCAAGACCUUCAACAUCCAGAACGAUUUCACCCCUGAAGAAGAGGACCAGAUCCGCCGUGAGAACGAAUGGGCUGAAGAGUAA